UCUACAGGUCACGUUUAAAGGGGUGAAAGGACAAAUCUGUUGUCAAACAUGGCUGCUCCCGUGGAUGACAUGUUUUCUCUCUGUGUGGACCCAUGUAAAGUCACCAGCAGCGUGGAAGUCAGGUUUAUAGACAACGUUAAGGGUAAGGGUCUCUUUGCAAAACGAAGCUUCAAGAAGGGAGAAACCAUUUUCGUCGAGCGGCCUGUGGUUUCUGCACAGUUCCUGUGGAAUUCGUUGUAUAAAUAUAAAGCCUGUGAGUACUGCUUACGUGCUCUGGAGACUGCAGAAGAAAAUGCCCGGAGACUCAGUGGCAACCCGGCUCUCAGCCUUCCCCAUCCUGAGCUCUGCCGUGUCCGCCCUGAGCUCCAUCAGGCCUGUCCUCAGUGCCAGGUGAUGUACUGCAGCAGUGAGUGUCGGCAAGCAGCUGCAGACCAAUACCAUCGGGUUCUGUGCCUGGGUCCUUCUGAGGGUGAUCCAGACCACCCCAUCAACAAGCUCAAAGAUGCAUGGAGGAGUGUGCAUUAUCCCCCAGAGACCUCCAGCAUCAUGCUCAUGAUCAAAAUGGUGGCUGUGGUCAAACAGGCCAAAGAUAAAGCGCACUGGCAGAAGCUGUUUUCUCACUUCUGCAGUCGUACGGCGAACGAGGAGGAGGAGAUUGCCCAUAAGCUCCUGGGAGAGCAGUUCAGGGGGCAGCUGGGCUUGUUGCACAGCCUUUUUAGGGCAGCACUUUAUGAUGACCAUCUCAGUCGGUGGUUUGUGCCUGAAGGUUUCCGCUCUCUGUUUGCUUUGGUGGGAACAAACGGCCAAGGCAUCGGUACCAGCUCUCUGAGUCAGUGGGUUCAUGCCUGUGAUGCACUGGAGCUUCCCGACCAGCAGAGGGAGCAGUUGGACUCUUUUAUUGACCAGUUAUACAAGGACAUUGACAAAGAAACGGGAGAGUUUCUGAACUGCGAGGGUUCUGGACUUUAUCUGCUGCAAAGCUCCUGUAACCACAGCUGCAUCCCAAACGCAGAGGCAUCCUUUCCCGACAGCAAUUUCCUGCUUCACCUCAACGCCCUCGGUGACAUCAGCCCAGGACAGGAGAUCUGCAUCAGUUACUUGGAUUUCUGUCAGCGGGACAGAAGCCGACACAGCAGGCACAAGAUUCUGAGGGAGAACUACCUGUUUGUCUGCUCGUGUUCAAAGUGCGUGUCCCAGAUGGACGAGCCAGACGUCACAUCUGAGGAGGAGGAGGAGGGCGAAGCAGAGGGUGAAACAGAAGGGGACGAGAUGGAAGACGAGAUGACAGAUGUUUGAUAAAAGACUCGGCCAUAUUGUUCUCGGUUGUUCCCUUCCCUCUGAAACACGAGGCCAAAAAGAAUAAAGACCAGCUAAGACUGUGAUCUGCAUGUCCAGAAGCGAAGUCCUGUUCGUGACACAUUUCACUCUUUGUUUUAGAGAGCCGUAGCCAAGUUGUUCAGUGCCACAAGACAGUCGUGCAAAUAUGUUGACUUUGUUGGUUUUACUCAAAAUAAUCUGAAGCUGAACUUCUAGUUGUUUUUUUUUUUUUUUUGGUUAAAUCUGCAAAUGAUUU